AUGCUCAACAGAACUGUCCCCCCCGACGGAGGCUGGGGGUGGCUGGUUGUCCUGGCAGGAUUCCUGGCCAACUCGCUCACCUUCGGCGUCUUGCGAUCCCUGGGCGUCCUCUUCGAAGACCUGGUGGAGGCUUUCGAGGCCACCACGGCCCAGGUCUCCUGGGUGACAGCCAUCGCCCUGGCGACGGAGCAAUUUGCUAGUCCGCUGGGCACAGCGGCGAGCACACGCUACGGAGCUCGUCCGGUGGUCAUGCUGGGCAGUUUAUUCUCUUCUUUGGGAAUCUUUGGGGCCUCCUUCAGCACCACCUUACUCCAGUUAUACCUCACCCUGGGGUUCCUGACAGGUUUGGGCUGGGCGCUGGCCUUUGCCCCCACCAUGGGCACCCUCUCGCGCUACUUCUCCUCCCGACGCUCCCUGGCCAUGGGGCUGGCCCUGACCGGGAACGGACUGGCCUCCUUUGCCCUUUCUCCUCUCCUGCGCCUUCUGGCUGACUCACUUGCCUGGCGUGGUGCUUUGCUGGUCACCUCCGCCUUCAGCCUCCACCUGUUGCUCUGCGGGGCCCUACUGCGGCCCCUGGCCCUGCGGGGGGACCAGCCCAAGCUGAGCGCCCCCUUCGAUUUGGGCCUCUUUGCCCAGAGAGGCUUCGGGGCCUUUGCCCUGGGCACUGCCCUGCUGGCAGCCGGAUACUUCACCCCCUAUGUUCACCUGGAUGCCUACAGCCGGGCCCUGGGCGUGGGGCCCUACAGAGCUGCCUUGGUGGUCUCGCUGGCCGCGUUGGCCGAUGCCCUGGCCCGGCUGCUGGCCGGCUGCCUGGCCGAUCGGCAUGUCCUGCCGCCCGUCUACCUGCUGGUGCUCUUCAACUCCUUUGUGGGGGGCACCCUUCUCUUCUUGCCAGCCACGUCCUCGUAUGGCAGCCUGCUCACCCUGGCCUUGCUCUAUGGCCUCAGCGCAGGAAGCUUUGCGACAGUGGCCUUUGCGGUCUUGCCAGAGCUGGUCGGCGUCGCCCGCGUAGUGAAUGCCACGGGGCUGUGCCUGAUGUCAAUGAGCGUCGGUGGAUUGUUGGGACCCCCCCUCUCAGGCCUCCUGCGGGACCAAACAGGAGACUUCACUGCCUCGUUCCUGGUCGGUGGCGCCUUUGUCCUCUGUGCCAGUCUGGUGUUCCUUGCCCUUCCCUCCCCCUUGGGCAGCUGCUGUAGCGCCCAGCCAGAUGAGAUGCCCGGUGCCAAGGGGCAGCAAAAGCCUCCCUGCCCCCUGCCCGCUGCCCCCUGUGCCAGGGGGCAUUUGGAAAUAUAGAAAACAUGCAGCCUUCCUCAAUCCAGUGUCCUCCAGUCUGACAGAUUGCAAUGCCCAUCACAGCCAGCCCAACAGGGGAUGAUGGGAGUGGGAAUCUAACCCAUCCAGGGGACACCAGCUUCCUCGCGCUCUCUUCUCGUCCCCUUCUCCAACCAGGCGCCCUCCAGAUGUGAGGACUCCAGGGCCCCUUCCUCAACAACAAAAUGUUAUUGUUAUAACAUUUUUACAACAUAAGAAUCUUGGAAGGCCCCUGGGCUGGAUAAGGACAAAGGGCCCCUCUAGUCCAGCCUUCUGGGACCCCCAGAGAUCAGCUAGAUCAGGCGGUCCCAAAAGUCUCACGUGUCACACAAAAGGCUUUGAUA